CAAGACUACAAUACCCAGGGUGCACAGCGUCGCCGGGGGGCGGAGCCUAGUUCCAGGCCUUUGGAAAAAGUAAACGCAAAGCAAAACAAACGCUCCGAAGCGUUCGAGUGGUAGUCUGGAUCCGAGUGCAAAACUACAUUUCCCAGCGGGCUCGGGGUUCAGGGGUCCCAUUCCCUUGGCCGGGCCUCUGGAGUCGCCACCGUCGCGGGGCUGUUAAGCUUUUCAAAAUGUCCAACAAAGAAUCUUGUGGAGAAAGAGAGACGUCUCAGAGAAAAGGCACCACCUCAUUACCCAACUUUGAUGAAGAAGAUAAGAAAGAGGAAAAAGCCUCAACAAGUUCUACUAGUUCCGCUUGUUCUAUAAGACCCGUUUCAUCAAAGAAGAGGAAACUGAAAUCAGAUGAUACAGACAUUCUGUACUGUAAUAUAAAAAGAACACAAGAACUGAAAAGACUGAAUGCAGACACUGAGACUCCAAGAAAGAGACCAAAAAUCAAUUCUUCAUCUCAAGGACCUGUUAAUCUCCAAGAAGCAUCAUAUUCUAAUGAUAAUCAAAUCAUUCCACAGAGUCCUUCUUCAAGUGGAACUAAAAAAGACAUAAGUAAAUGUAUAGAUUUUAAAGAUAUUAAAUUGACAAAUGUUGGGCGUACACUUGACCAUGGAAUUAAGAACCUUAGUAGUCCUAAGACUCCCAAAGAUAUGAAAUCUAAAGCUGAAGGCCAGGCAAGUGAAAAAAAAAGUCCUCAUUCACUUGCUCAGAGGGAGAAGAUGAAAGAACUCAAGAAAGGAAGGUACAGUAAGUCUAGAGACAGUUCUGAAAAAUGUGUUUUGGAAAAAUGCAAGAGAAUCCAAUUUUUUCAGGAUUAUAAUUCCAACAAGAUACUCGAGCCCCUCGAAUCUAGAAGGAAAAUCAGUUUCAAAAUCCCAGUAAAAUGCCAUGAUACUCAUCAGAAGCUUGUAGAAGAAAAUGUCUUCAGUCUAAACUCUAACAAAUCAAAGGCUAAGCAGAAGAAAAAAGAAUGCCUGGAAAGCUCUCAGGUUUCAUUAAAUUUGACGAGGCACAAAAGUAAACAUUUAUUUUCAGAUUCCACAUAUAAACAGACUGUUCCUGAGUGGAAAGGAAAAUAUCAUGAGCAUCAAGAAAGUAAUGAUUCAAGUUCUGGUGAAACCCUAACUCAGAGUUUUGAAGCACCAAGUUCUUCAGUGUCCCUUGAAAGUAUUCAAGAUACAGAUCAAGAGAUGCAGAUAGUAGAAGAGCUUCAUGCUGCACGUGUGGGAAAAAGUGUGGAUUUACCUGUUGUUCUACCUUCUGGAGAGUUAACGAGUAUGGAGAUUGAUUUGGUGGAAGAUGAUGUACAUUCCUCUGCUGGUAUACCCUAUAUGUCAACUACUGCUUCAGACAAAAAUCUUCUAAUUGUCAUUGACACAAAUAUUCUGAUGAAUCAUCUCAAGUUUGUUAGACUUUUGAAGACAACAGAAAUCCCAGGCUUUGACGGACUUGUGUUAAUAAUUCCCUGGGUUGUUGUGCAAGAGCUAGAUCGUAUGAAGGCAGGAAAGCUACUCAGAUAUGCCCAGAGCAAAGCUAUACUUGCGGUUCAUUUCAUCAAUGACAGUCUCAGAAAUCAAGAUAGAAAGCUAUGGGGUCAGUCAAUACAACUUGCAUCUCAAAAACUUUAUGGAUUGAGUGAUGAGAACAAUGAUGAUCGAGUAUUGAAAUGCUGUCUUCAGUAUCAGGAAUUAUUCCCUUGUUCUCUUGUUAUUCUGUGCACGGAUGAUAAAAAUUUAAGAAACAAAGGCCUAAUAAGUGGUGUGAAGUCACUCAGUAAAGAAGAAUUGAGUGCAGAGUUCUUAAACUUAUCUCUGAACACAGAUGUAUGUCAUCAGCCUUGUAUAUCUAAGCAACAAUUGAAAGCAGAAGCAACAUCUUUGGAAGAGAGCUUUGAGGAAGAAUCUACAAAUUCUGGACUGCCCAUUCUACUUGAAACCAUAAUAUCUGAUCUUGAAAAAUCUCUUGGAACAGCUUUAUCUUCAAUAUUAGAAACAGAAAUGAAAAUUGCUUUUGGAAACCUUUGGAUGGAGAUGCUGUACUUGAAACCACCAUGGACGCUAAUGCAUUUAUUACAGUGCUUUAGGAAACAUUGGUUGGCUGUAUUUGGAUUAAUUAUGGAAAAGAGCUUGCUUUUAACCGUUGAGAGCUUGUAUGAAAACCUCUGUAAAGCUAACAAAACAGUGGAUUUUACAACGGUGAGAUUCUUGCUUCAGGAUUCUCAAAGUCUGUUACAUGCUUUCAGUACAAGAUCAAAUUAUGAUGGUAUCCUUCCCCAAGCCUUUGCUCAAGUAAACAAACUACUGCAAACAUUUACAGAGGUCAAGGCAAAACUUAAUCGAAAUCCUUCUGAAAAUACCAUGGGUAAAAAGCAAGAAGAUACUUCUCCAAUGAAUUCUAAUAACCAAGAAAUCAUUUUCUCAGGUUCUCAACUUUCCCAACCCAACAGGCAUCAAGAAAUCUGGUCUAUCCUAGAGAAUGUUUGGAUUACAAUAUAUCAAAACAGCACAGAUGUGUUUCAAAGAUUGGGCUCGAAUUCAGCUCUGACUUCUUCAAAAAUAGCAUCAUUUGAAGAAGCGUUUAUAUAUCUUCAAAAGUUGAUGGCCGCUGUGAAGGAUAUUCUUGAAGGAAUUCAGAGGAUUUUGGCCCCCAACAGUAAUUACCAAGAUGUUGAGACCCUUUAUAACUUCCUAAUCAAGUAUGAGGUAAAUAAAAAUGUCAGAUUUACUGCCCAGGAACUUUAUGAUUGUGUUUCGCAGACGGAGUAUCGGGAAAAGUUAACCAUUGGAUGCCGCCAGCUGGUGGAGAUGGAAUACACCAUGCAGCAGUGCAAUGCAUCUGUCUACAUGGAGGCCAGAAACAGGGGAUGGUGUGACGACAUGCUCUACGAUAGGCCUAAGUGCUGAUUUGUAACUUCAAAGGAGUUGCAUUUGUUUUCAGGAACCACAGAAUAGCUUCAACCUUUUGAGCCAAACCCAGGAGACUCAUGAGAAAUGUCUCAGAGGUAUAAAAAGGUGAUUGCCUGUUACUGCCGAUCUCAGUGAGGUUCUCUAAAAAGCCUAGUGCAUUGUGGGAUAAGCUGUGGGCUCAGCUCCUCUGAAGCUGACAACACCUGCUACCUCUGCUGCUGAUACUGAGCCAGGAUGUGUAAGGAAAGGAGAGGCGUCUCUUUAGUCGUCUCAGGACAGGAGCCACGGGGGCAUCUGAGGAAGGCACUGCGUUAGCUUCCCUCUCAGCCGUCAAUAUGGUUACCUGACCGGAGACACUUCCAAACUCCAAGAAAGGACUAGGGCGUGACCGACCCUCUCAUCACAUUCCACAAAUGACAUCUUUCCCUGGGCUGUCUUACUAUCAGAAUGUUUUCCACAGAGACCCGGUAACUAUAAUUCACAUCCCUUCCACUGGCGCCAAGGUAUUGAAAGUGGAAUUUUGACUUCAGCUCCAACUUGCCACAACAGCCUCCUUUCUUCCUGAGGCUCGUCACUUUCCAAUGCAUUUCUAACGGGAAAAGCAGGGAGGACCCCUGUGCGGAGUUUCCCCUGAAAUGUGAAGCGGCAUGAGUUUAUGGGAGUAGGUGGCAGUGACCGAUGUUUGCCCCUAGUUAAACCAAGUGGUUAAUUGACUUUAGUUAUACAGCAAGUUGGAAAUCCUUGUUUACCAGAAUAUAUUAUGCUUUUGUUAAUAGAUUAGGUUAAAUCGAAUUUGGUAGUCUAUUAUAAAUGUUCAUUUAUUUUUUAAAAACAAUAAAUUAUUUUUAGUAAGAGAUUGCUUUUCAUUUUACUUCUAAAUUGUAUUUCUGAACUGUGUACAAGGUAUGAUUGUAAGUGACCCUCUCCGAUAAAAGAGAACGUACUUCAGAUGUUCACCAGCGCUCUGGGUACGACCCAUGAGCUUGAGAUGUUGGCGUAGGAAGCCAUAUAUUAACCAGGGAAGGAGAACCUUCUCCCGCGUCUCUGCUCUCUGCCUCUUGUCUUCCCCAGGAGCCAAAACAUCCCCUUCGCACCAGAAGAACUUUGUUCAGGUCUUUCUCUCUUAACUGCUUGGGGUCAUUACUAUUCGGUUUGGGCUCUGCUUUGUUACCUCCCUCCCUUGCUUUUUCCUUCUUAGCUUUUUAAUAUAGGUUAUGCUUUGUAGAAAAUUUAUUUUCACUCCUGUCACCUGUGUACUUCCACAUAGUUCACCUUUAUUCAUGUGGAUUUUGAUUUUGUCUUAGUCUGUAUGUCUUUUAUUUUGUGCAUUCAUCAAUUAUUUCAACAUUUCUUACCUUUCAUUGGUAUGUGAAGAUGUUUUCUUCUAACUUUAUAGUCUUAUUAUUUUGAUUUAGAAACAUUCUUUGAACAUUUUUUUAGUCUCUGUUUCUUUGAAAUGUCAGGGUUUUUUUGUUUUGUUUUGUUUUUUUCUCUCUCCCGUCUUCAUUGC